GUCCCUCUCACAAUCUCAAAACCAAAGAAAAAAAAUGCAAACUGGGUCCCACACAGUUCACCACCGGCAAUAUCUUUCAUGUUGCCCCUCGAUUUGCCAGAGACAAAAGUGCUUCUUAGUUCUUAAUCUCUUCUGUAAUAGCUUUUCCUUUUCUUUUCAAAAUAAAAAAAAAAUUAAAAAACAUGAUCUGUAAUAAUUGCAGUUCAACACACUAACACGCACUUACAGUUGAGUCAUAGUCAAAGAAGCCAUCACCAAAAAAAACAAAGAGCUUUUUUCAGAAGCUUCUUUUUUUUGUGCUUCAGAUUUGCUCCAAAGAUUUAACCAUGGUUAAAAGUGCAACAACCCCAUUUCCGAUCCUUCACUGAGAAAGAAAAAUGUUUAACAGGUUAUUGCUCGCCAGCUGUCGUAUGUUGAUAUGAUAUUAUCGAAGAUGGAACUGCUAAUCGGGGUCUUAGUGUUGGCUUGUUUGAAUUCUUUUGUCUCUCCCGAUGCACAAGGAGAUGCGUUGUAUUCGUUAAAGAUGUCGCUUAACGCUUCGAACCAUCAGCUUACCGAUUGGAACCAGAAUCAAGUUAAUCCAUGCACGUGGUCCAAAGUUAUAUGCGACAGUACAAACAAUGUCACGACGGUGACAUUGUCUAAUAUGGGAUUUCCUGGAACUUUGUCGCCGAGAAUCGGGAUUUUGAAGAUGCUGACAACACUCCAAUUACAAGGAAAUGGAAUAACCGGUAAGAUACCCGACGAGUUUGGAAAUUUGACGAGCUUGACGAUGUUGGAUCUUGAAAAUAAUAAUUUAAUCGGAGAAAUACCUUCAUCACUAGGCAACCUUAACAAGCUCACGUUUUUGAUUUUAAGUGAAAACAAUCUCACCGGAUCAAUUCCCGAAUCACUUUCGAGUCUUUCAAACUUGGUCAACUUACAGCUUGGUUCGAACAGUCUAAGUGGCAAAAUACCUCAGCAGUUAUUCAAGAUUUCCAAAUAUAAUUUUACAGGGAAUCAAUUGAACUGCGGCGUUAAUCCUCUACACGGCUGCGUAUCUGAAAAUGGAGGUCAUUCGAGUAAAUCGAAGACAGUGAUGAUAGUAGGGAUUGUGGGGGCACUCUUAGUUAUUUUUCUUCUCGGAGGUUUUCUCGUUUUAUUUCUAUGGAAGGGAAAUCAUAAAGGAUACAAGCGUGAAGUUUUCGUCGAUGUUGCAGGUGAAGUUGACCGGAGAAUUGAAUUUGGUCAACUGAAGAGAUUUGCGUGGAGAGAGUUACAGCUGGCGACAGACAGUUUCAGCGAGAAGAAUGUGUUAGGACAAGGUGGUUUCGGAAAGGUCUACAAAGGAAUCUUAGGUGACAACACAAAGGUUGCGGUCAAACGUUUGACCGAUUUCGAAAGUCCAGGUGGCGACACAGCUUUCCAACGUGAAGUGGAGAUGAUAAGUGUGGCUGUUCACAAGAAUCUGCUACGACUCAUCGGUUUUUGCACCACACCGACCGAGCGGCUUUUGGUUUACCCUUUUAUGCAGAACUUGAGUGUUGCCUCUCGUUUACGAGAUUUGACACCUGGCGAGCCCGUUCUUGAUUGGCCGACAAGAAAACGGGUGGCACUAGGAACAGCUCGUGGACUAGAGUACCUCCACGAACACUGCAACCCUAAAAUCAUCCACCGAGAUGUGAAGGCUGCAAACGUUUUAUUGGACGAAGAUUUCGAAGCUGUAGUCGGUGAUUUCGGUUUAGCAAAGUUAGUCGAUGUAAGAAAAACGAAUGUGACAACUCAAGUUCGUGGGACCAUGGGCCACAUUGCUCCCGAGUAUUUAUCCACCGGAAAAUCUUCGGAAAAAACCGAUGUUUUUGGAUAUGGAAUCACACUUUUAGAGCUCGUGACUGGUCAACGGGCAAUUGACUUCUCGCGCUUGGAAGAAGAAGAUGAUGUCUUAUUGCUCGACCACGUGAAGAAACUGCAAAGGGAGAAAAAACUCGACUCGAUAGUGGAUCGAAACCUAAGUAAAAACUUCAACAUCGAAGAAGUGGAGAUGAUGAUACAGGUGGCACUCCUCUGCACUCAAUCCUCGCCGGAGGAACGUCCGGCAAUGUCGGAGGUGGUGCGGAUGCUCGAAGGCGAAGGGCUGGCGGAGCGGUGGGAGGAGUGGCAGCAUGUGGAGGUGACGAGGCGGCAAGAAUUCGAGAGGCUGCAGAGAAGAUUCGAUUGGGGUGAAGAUUCUAUAUACAACCAGGAUGCUAUUGAAUUGUCUGGUGGAAGAUAAUAUUACAAGGGUAAUAAAAAGCUCUUUUUAAUUGUAUGAUUGGUGUCGCUACACGACGUAUUCGAUUUUCAUUCUUGUAUUAUACGACUUAUUCGAUUCUCGUUCAUAUAUAUAAUUUUUUCCACUAUUUUAGUAC